GUGAACCUGCAGGUGCUUUACGCAAUCUUCACUGCAGGCCCCAAAUACUCAAGGUUCAACUCAUGUUAACGAUCAGUUGGUCAAAGUCUUCAUAGAGCCAGGACCAGAAAGCUGUUGAACGUCAGCAAAAAUGGGCGACUGGGGUUUUCUUUCCACAUUAUUGGACCAGGUGCAGACACACUCGACAGUCCUCGGGAAGAUAUGGAUGAGUGUCUUGUUCCUGUUCCGAAUCAUGGUUUUGGGCGCUGGAGCAGAGAGUGUGUGGGGUGACGAACAGUCUGGUUUUGUUUGCAAUACGCUACAACCUGGUUGUGAAAACGUGUGCUAUGACUGGACCUUCCCCAUCUCACACAUCCGCUUCUGGGUCAUGCAGAUCAUUUUUGUCUCCACACCAACUCUUUUAUACCUGGGGCAUGCCAUGCAUAUCAUACACCGGGAGAACAAACUGAGAGCCAUGCUGCAGAACCAAGUUGACAGCAGCACAUUGAAGAAGCCCAAAUACACAAACGAAGCAGGGAAGAUCAAAAUCAAGGGGAAUUUACUGGGCAGUUACAUGACUCAGUUGUUUUUUAAGAUUAUUCUAGAGCUUGCUUUCAUUGUGGGCCAAUACUACCUGUAUGGAUUUGUCAUGGUCCCCAUGUUCCCUUGUUCUCAAUCUCCCUGCCCUUUCACGGUAGAAUGCUACAUGUCCCGUCCCACAGAGAAGACCAUUUUCAUAAUCUUCAUGCUGGUCGUAGCCUGUGUGUCUCUUGCUUUAAAUGUGAUUGAGGUGCUCUAUCUGUUUUGUACAAGAGUCCGAUGUGGUGGUCCCAAAGGGCGCAGUUAUCAGAUCGCCUCAGUGCCUCCUGGCUGGUCUGCUCAUGUGGAUACUGAGAUGGAUGCCCUGAGACAGAACAAGAUGAACGUGGAGUUUGAGAGUGGCCAGAGUAUAGGGGGCAGUCUGGAUGGAGCCAAGGAAGGGAAAAAGCUGCUAGGUGACCAUUAGAACACGUUAAUGUUAUUUUGCCUUGAAUGUAUUUUAAUCUCUUGUAAUAUUGUCUGCCUGAAUGAAUGUUUUUUCAUAUUUAGAUUUAGACCGUGUAUUUUCUCUAUUUAUGUUCAAUGUGUGCUGUUCAAUUGUGGAUUACUAUAAAAUGAAUAUAUUUGUACUGAUAUAUUACACUGACUCUAAAUUAUGAUAAAUACUGACAUUAGAAAUCUAUUUCUUAAUAUCACCAUGGUAUGUCAAAAACACAUCUCAAGUUUUUACAUCUUCCUGUGGGGUUUUGAAAUUAUAUUUAGUGAUUUAUUAAUGUAUUCCAUUAAUAUAUUUUAUCCAUCAAUAUGUGUGUAUGUACACAAAUCUGCAAGGGUCCAUUGUAUAUUUUAAAAGAAUAAAUCAAAUAUAUUGUGUAAA